AUGUAUUUCCUACCAGACGAAUGUCGUAUGGUGAAAUGCGAGCGGCUGAAUGAGAUUGCAGACCUUGGCAGCGCGCGUGGAACAUUAGAGAAGCGCUGUGUCCACCUACUGGUUGUGGUUGCUCGCGGUGUGACCAGCACAUGGACGGCUAUUUUCUGCUGCCCCGCGGAGCACCAGUACCACGCCGUGUCUCUCAUCUGCAGCUUCUUAAAGGUGACGGAGAACGUCCCAGAUCUGUCGUCUCUGAUGGCCAGUGAGGAGUCCUCGUAG